GCGCGAGCGAGCCUAACGGUCAAAAUUGCCCAGACGAAGAUCGUGCAGCCCAAGGCCCAUAAAUACCUAUAAACCCCCAAAACGACUCCCCUUCUCCUUCCUUUCCGCCGCCUCCCCACCGCAAACCCCGACCAGCCCUAGGGUUCGCCGCCAUGCCUCAGGGAGAUUACAUAGAGCUUCACCAGAAGCGCCAUGGACGGCGCAUGGACUACGAGGAGCGCAAGCGCAAGAAGGAGGCGCGCGCCGUCAAGAAGAACUCCAAGGAUGCCCGCAAGCUACUCGGUGCCAAGGGCAAGAGGUUCGCCAAGAAGCGGUAUGCCGAGAAGGCGCAGAUGAAGAAGACCCUGAAAAUGCACGAUGAGUCUUCUUCCCGGCAGAAGGUUGAUGAUGAUGUUGAGGAGGGUGCCAUUCCUUCGUAUCUGCUGGAUCGUGAUCCGACACAGCGCGCCAAGGUUCUCAGCAACACAAUUAAGCAAAAGAGGAAGGAAAAGGCUGGCAAAUGGGAUGUUCCUUUGCCUAAGGUCAGACCUGUUGCUGAAGAAGAGAUGUUCAAAGUUCUACGCACUGGCAAGCGGAAAACCAAGCAGUGGAAGAGAAUGGUAACUAAAGCCACCUUUGUUGGCCCUGGAUUUACAAGGAAGCCACCAAAGUAUGAGAGGUUCAUCCGGCCUACUGGUCUGCGUUUCACCAAGGCUCAUGUGACUCACCCUGAACUGAAAUGUACGUUCAACCUUGAUAUCAUUUCUGUGAAGAAAAACCCAAAUGGUCCAAUGUACACUUCUCUUGGUGUUAUGACGAGGGGAACAAUUAUUGAGGUGAACGUUAGUGAACUCGGUCUCGUAACCCCUGCUGGAAAAGUUGUUUGGGGCAAAUACGCGCAGGUUACAAAUAACCCGGAGAAUGAUGGCUGUAUCAAUGCUGUCUUGCUCGUGUGAAGCUUUGAUACAAUUCUGGUUAAGGUGCUGAGUGCGCUGUUUGUAUCCGGUCUAACAAGGGCAGUUUUGUCGGUAUUGCAGUUCGUGCUUGUCUUUGGAAUAGACCCACUAUCUAGUGUAAUGUCAAGGUGGAACAGUCUUCUUCCCUUACUGACUAUCCUGGUGUAAGAUCUGAGCUAUAGAGCUGGCAAAUCCUUGAAUGGAAGCACCACAUGUCUUUUUUCUAUGUUCA